AUGAUUGUCUUAGCAGGAUCAGAACUUCUUAUAGCAAAUUCCUUAAUAGCUUUGGCUUCAGCAUGUUUAAAUUCGGUGACUUCAUUGGUAAGGCUAGAGGAGGCAUAAAAAGCCAAUGGAAUCAAUUUAGAAUUGGAAAAAGAAUUGGAAAGAGGUUAAUUUUGUAAGCAAAUAUUAUAUAAUGAUAAACCCAUUAAUGCCAUUUAAUUGUCUGAAGUGAUGAAAGAGAAGAUAAUUUAAAUUGACAGAUGUUGCUAAUCUAUUUGGUAGUAUUUUCCAUCAGGUAUUGCAACUAUUUUCACUUGGGCAUUAACUGGAUAAGCGAUGAGACAUGAAUUUGUGAUUAUUGAUACUACAAAUCACAUAUGCAGUCUUGAAUUAGUCAAAGAUAAGAAUGAAUAACAGGAACAGAUUUAAAAAUUGGUUUUUAAAAUAUAUGGGUUAGUAACAGAGGAAUAAAGAAAAAAAAUUAGAUAUGAUUAAAUUCUAAAAAAUAGACACUAUGAUAGAGUUUUAAGUUCAAUUAAGCUCAACCAUUAGAUGUAUUUGAGUCAAAUCAACUAGUUUCAAAAUUUGAUUUUAAUUUGUUGGGAAAAGAUGUAUGAGAAUAAAACUAUGCUGUCUGAAUGGUACGAAUUUUUUUAGAAAAUGAGUAAAUAAUAUGCAAGAUCUAUAUUAUAUUUUUCUUAAGAGUAACCAAAUUAUCAUAUAGUGCUUCAAUCCAUUAUUGGAAUAUUUACUGACAAGCCAUUUUAUUUUAGGAGAAUAGAUAUGGAAAUUAUUGAGAAAUUAAUUUGGGCAGUAGGAUAAGGUUAAAAUGAAGAAAUGAAAAGUUCAAUUAAGAAGUUUAUUGGCAUAUUAAAAUUUAUUAGAGAAGGAAGAGACUUUUCUUAAAGCCCAUCAAUUUAAUUAUCAUCUAUAUAUACCUAAAAUUGA